AUGGGUUGCACAAUGAGUCAAGAAGAGCGGGCAGCUCUGGAACGCUCUCGAAUGAUUGAGAAAAACUUGAAGGAAGAUGGCUUGCAAGCUGCCAAAGAUAUUAAAUUAUUACUUUUAGGUAAGUGAUC